CAACGACAUGAUCAUGGACAACCAAAAAACUACCAGCAAAACUACGCUGCUCAAGCUGCUAUUAAUGCGAGCCUGGAAAGAACGUUGGUCUGAUUGCCAAUGGGGGAUCAACGUGAAAACGGUUUUGACUCGAGGUGUAAGUGGAGAUGUUUACAAUCUAGCGGACUGUAUAAUACAACAGGCUGUAGUAGGAUCCGGUGCGAACACGCUGUUUCUGUCAUACCUCAAACAUUCACUAUGUGCUCAUUUGAUUUCCCACGCAGCUGUGUUGAAACGAAUAUCAAAAUACGAACACUUUGAAAUGUCCCAUUGCUUAGUCGCUUUGUUAGAGUUUCUCGAUUCCAUCAUCGGUGGUGUGACUUGCCGGGGGAAACAGGAGGAAAGUCUUUUGACCAAAGCGAUGGUAUCUCUGGUCUAUUGGAUAAUGCAAAUCUAUGAACAUGCAAUUGAAACAUUCAACGAAAAUCGUUCGUUGACCGGCGAACAACAGGAAGUAGUAGAAAAAAUGGCACACGUUCUGGAGAAGAUCGUUCAAAGUCAAUUCCUACUCGGUGUUGUUUAUGUGGGAAAAUUCGAAGAUCCCGAGAUGUUUGGACCUAUUGAACAAAAAUGUACGCGAAUUGAUAAUUUAACCGUUGCGUCUGGAUUUGUUCCGCCUAUGAUAACCCAGAAGAAUCUAACCAUAAACGAUUACAUCCGGAAGGUGGCGUGCAUCGAAUGUACUGCCUUGGACAUGAAAGAAUUUGACGGAAAAUGUACAGAACGAAUAUCGUACUGUUUGCAGCCACUCAUAGCGAUUGAUUUUAUUCUCAAUCCGAACCUCGAUACUCACACUUACGUUUGUAAAUUUAGGUCCAUUCAAAGGCUGAAAGGUUAUUCCUUGUCUAGACUGUACUAUGAGCUGAUUCGAGGAUGCUUGAUCUGCUUGAACAACGUAAACGGUACGGCCCGAGAAUCGUUUGUUUGUGCUUUCACGUUCAUCAAAGUGCCGCACAUUUUCCGGCAACUUCAUUUCCAAUCUCGACUACUGGAUCCGAAUGAAUUUGAAGAUACCAAACUGGACUAUUCGCCGGAAAUCGUGGAAGCGUUUGAGCUGUUGUUGCAGGAUGCGCCAAUCCUGGACUAUGUUGACGCAAAAUGCGCUUGUAAUACCAUUGAGUGUUUGCUGAAUGAGAUGCUCAAGCACAAUUUGGUGAACGAGCACUAUAUGAAGAUGAUCGCGGCUAAACGGGACAUGAUAGCCGCCGGAUUGCAGAAGCUAGAAUUAAACAGCAAUCAGCAUUCGAUCGUAAAGUUCGUUUGUCGCGCGGAACCCCCGCUUGUUGGCAUCCUUAAAUCGUUGAAUGCCGACUACAACAAGAUGCAGGAAGCGAUGCUGGGCGUAUUGUGUCAGGUUUUGUCCGGCAACAGCUUCGAGUUGAUCUUAUCGGUCGCCACCAUGGAAGGGAAGCUGAGAACGUUCGUCUCUGGACUAAUAAAAUGUAACGAAAAUUCCAAACAAGUUCCCGGAGAGCUAGGCAAACCGGCUAUGACGCGCGCCGCCUUGUUCGAUGUGACUUUUCUGAUGUUGACCUUCAUAGUGCAACACUACGGCUCAGACGUGGUACUGAUGGAGAAUAGCGAAUCUUUCUAUGAAAUUUGGGUUCGUGAGUGUAUGAUUGAGAAAAACAAAUCGAAAUCGGCCAUGAGCAUGGUAAAGCUCUGCGAUCAGAGCAAGGUUGAUGAGUUGAUAGUAAGUUUGAACUCACCGGAUGGACUGAAGGCGACCGCACUGAAAUGGCAAGACAUUUGCGCAAACAUUCCCGGGUUGCUGUACCAGGUUUUGCUUGCUUGGGAAAACGAAACUCUGUCUACCGGGGAGAUCAAAAAGUUUCUGGAUAGUUUGAAAUCUCGUUUCUGCUGCUUUUCGAUUUGUGCCGCAUCGUGGCUCUGUUCGUACAUGCAAAUCGUACGUCAGGAUGAGCUUCUGAAGCCGAUGAAUAUGGUGCAACAAUUUUUGACAGCAGUCAAUAGCGAGGACAUGCUCCAACAAGAGAACUUCAAGGAAAGGUUAGUGUUGACUGUUCAGAUAGUCCGUAAAAUGCAACAGGACUUUCAGCGAAUGCCGGGAAGCUCAAGCGUAAAAAUUCGUACCUUGUUCCAAUCGCCAAACUUGAUCUCUCAGUCCCCUCUGGAGGAACAGUUCGAAGAGGUCUGGAAGCAAGUGGUUGAACGGGGAUGGCUCCCUAUAGACUCAACGCUUGUUCUGGAUAAUCUCCUACAGUCGUGCGGUCCAUUUUGGUUGGUAGAUAAAUUGGUUCAACAGAUCUACCAUUGCAAGUACGUUAGGGACAUGAACAAAACUAUGGACAUUGUUUUUGCAAUAAUGCAUUUAGACAUUGAACGGUGCACAAUUGCAUUACUGUCGCAGUUAGUUCCAAUGAUGCUUUUAAAUAAACUACAAAUUUCCGAAAUCGUUGAUCCUUUCUCUCGUGUACUGGCAAAACUCUGUGUCUACUGCAUAACUGCAACCAUGGAGGCUCCCGUGUCCCCAACCAAGAAACGUACUCGUACGGCAAUGGCAGGUGAUGGAGACGAAUUGGAUGCACUUUGUCCAACACCUAAGAUGCGUAAAGUAGGAUCAGAAUCGUGUGAUUCCAGUUCCAGUGAUUUUAUGCUGGAGAAUGCGUUGGCUGCUAGGGAUGGCCCUAGCACUUUGAAGGAGCCGUUGCAAGGUUGUCUUCAGGCGCUAUUCAAAACGUUUUCACAGUACAUUGUGUCGGAUGAGUUGUCGCCGAAAAUUUUCUUUAUGUUCCAGUUUCUUUCGUUGAUGGUCGAAAUAGGAAAAGAUCGGAUUAAGCCUGUUUUGAAAUUGAUUCCAAAUGGAUUAAUCCAAAACAUGCAAAAGAUUAAUGCCACCGACGAUAUGACUGUUGGAUUUAUUCUGAGACUGUACGACCUGAACACAGCUUCCGGUAGAACACUAGCAAUGUCAGAUUUGUGUUUAUUCCGAAAUAUUCAAAUGCGGAAAAAUAGUAUUAAACUGUAAGUAGUAUAUGUAGCAUUUUUUUCAAUCAUACGAGAGUUAGAUGUCAAUAAACUGCCGAUCAACUGUAAGAAGAG